AUGGCGCUGGCCUCUUCCUCAAAUGCCAUUCCAAUGGAAGAACUAUUCGCAAAUCCAUUCAGACCAAAAAAAGAGAAAGUAGUGACAGAAGAAAAACCAUUCGUGUAUACACCAUCAGCCUACGUGCAAAUGAUUGAUCAGAUGAUUGGAAUUAAGACACGACCCUGGAAUCCAGAGCGGACGCCGAUUAAACCGAUUCAAAUGUUAACACUUCCUGAAAUGUCACGAGAAGAACGGUGGAUACAAUGGGGAAUGGAAAACUGUGGAGUGAAGGCAACAAUUUCUGGAGUUCUCGGAGUUGGAGUCGGUUUCGCUUUCGGUCUUUUCACUGCUUCAGUAGAUCCACAACUUUCAAUGGUUGGUGGUGAUCCAACUAAACAGCUCACACUGAAACAAACAUGGAAAGAAAUGUCGAGUCGAAUAAAGUCAUAUGGAAAGAAUUUCGGAUCCAUCGGUCUCAUGUUUUCCGGAACCGAAUGUGCACUUGAAACGAUUCGAGCAAAAAGUGACUGGCGUAAUGGAACUUAUUCUGGAGGAAUUGUCGGAGGUCUUCUUGGUUUACGAGCUGGAAUUAUGCCAGCUUUAUGGGGAGCUGCUGGUUUUGCGGCAUUCUCCACAAUUAUUGAUCAUUAUAUGCGUGGAUAG